AUGUAUCUUUGUGAAAAGAUGCAUUCGCUUGAGAACACUGCAGGUAGCCCCUAACACUGUGGUUUCAGACUCAAAGAAAGGGGCUGUUUGUCUCUCUUUUUGUUACUGUGCCCUCCUAGGAUAAUCACCUUGUCUGGAGUUACUAUUUCUUUGGAGAAUAAGCUUCUAGAAUCAAAGAAAGUGAGCGCUUUGCCUCUUGCCAUCAAGGAUUACCAGAACUUAAUCUUUCUGUGCAAAGGCCGCUAAUCUCAGGCAUGCAAACAGGGGUUAUUUAACUGCAUGCCAGUGCUUAGAAGAAUUGCCGUGUGAAAUCCCGUGUGAAUUCAGAUGUACUUGCUGCUAAUCGCUUCUCCACCUGCUCGUCCAGCUCUGUCCCCCACAUCCCAGAAUCUGCCACUUGCUGUCGGUCACUGGAGACUGAUGGUGACACAUGCCAUCGCCCUGUGCCAGCUCCUGUCCUAACCUGUGCUCCCGAUGCUGGGCUUGUCCCCGCCUGCCCACAGGGCAGCGCACUGGUAGUUUUAUUGUCAUUAGGACCCAGCUUUCCUUCUGUGCACGUUGCUGGAGGUUGGAGGCUUGCGUGGAGCUGCCCUGAGUGUGGGAGCUCAACCCUGGACUCUUUUAAACAAAUAAGCUGGGAGCGGUGGAGGAACUGGAUGAAAUAGGGAUGUACGAUCAGCAUCUUGCCAUGUUUCUGGUGCAGUAUGCAGGCUUAAACCAUCUGUCCUUUGAUCCUGCCAGCAACAACAAAUCUCUGCAGUUCAGCAGCGCUGCUGGCCCGCAGGUGUCGGAGAGCCCAGCUGAGAAUGGGAGCGAUCCGGGCAAGAAGAGGAAGAGAACAAACAUCCCUCCAGAUGGUGGCAGAAAUCUAAGCCUCGACUCCAUUCCGAUGGGCUUGCCAAUGUCCGACCCGACUGCCUGGGCCACUGCCAUGAACAACCUAGGGAUGGCUCCCAUGGGGAUGACGGGACAGCCCCUCCUGCCUGAUUUUGAUCCCGCUCUUGGGAUGAUGACUGGAAUCCCUCCGAUCAACCCCAUGAUGCCAGGCUUGGGAAUAGUCCCACCUCCUAUCCCUCCUGACAUGCCUGCUGUGAAAGAGAUCAUUCACUGUAAAAGCUGCACUCUCUUCCCACCGAACCCACAUCUUCCCCCUCCAGCAACAAGAGAGAGGCCCCCAGGGUGCAAGACAGUGUUUGUUGGAGGGCUGCCGGAAAACGCAACCGAGCAGAUUAUCAUGGAAGUGUUUGAACAGUGUGGGGAAGUCAUAGCUAUUCGAAAGAGUAAGAAGAAUUUCUGUCAUAUCCGCUUUGCUGAGGAGUUCAUGGUGGACAAGGCACUUUAUCUUUCUGGCUAUCGCAUCAGGCUGGGUUCCAGCACGGACAAGAAGGAUACUGGGCGCCUACACGUGGAUUUUGCUCAGGCUCGGGAUGAUCUCUAUGAGUGGGAAUGUAAGCAGCGGAUGCUGGCGAGAGAGGAGCGCCAUCGUAGGAGGCUGGAAGAGGAGCGCUUCCGCCCACCUUCCCCGCCUCCCGUUGUCCAUUACUCUGACCAUGAGUGCAGCAUUGUUGCUGAGAAACUGAAAGAUGACACCAAGUUCUCAGAAGCCAUACAGACCUUGCUGACAUGGAUAGAGCGUGGAGAAGUGAACAGGAGGACCGCCAAUAACUUCUACUCCAUGAUCCAGUCGGCCAACAGCCACAUUCGCCGACUGGUGAAUGAGAAAGCAGCUCAUGAGAAAGAGAUGGAAGAAGCUAAAGAGAAAUUCAAACUCGCUCUCUCAGGGAUUCUGGUUCAGUUCGAGCAGAUAGUGGCCGUGUACCAUUCUGCCUCCAAACAAAAGGCUUGGGACCAUUUCACGAAAGCUCAGCGUAAGAACAUCAGCGUGUGGUGCAAACAAGCAGAGGAAAUUCGUAACAUUCAUAAUGAUGAACUUAUGGGUAUUCGAAGAGAGGAGGAAAUGGAAAUGUCUGAUGAAGAAAUAGAAGAUCCACCAGAGAUGAAAGAAACAGAAGAAUCAGCGCUGGUGUCUCAGGUGGAAGCCCUGAAAGAAGAAAAUGACAGUCUGCGCUGGCAGCUGGACGCCUACCGGAACGAAGUGGAACUGCUAAAGCAGGAGCAGGGCAAAGCCAGCAGGGAUGAAGACACAACCAAGGAGCAGCAGAUGAAGCUUCUCCAGCAGGCUCUGCAGGGGAUGCAAAAGCAUCUUUUGAAAGUACAAGAUGAAUACAAAAAGAGAGAAGCUGAGCUCGAGAAAGUGAAAGAAGAAAAACUGAAAGUAGAAACGUUAUUAGCAAACCUGAAGGAACAGCAAAGCAUGGCAGAUGAGGAGGACAAGGAGAGAGAUGGGACUGAUUGCCAAGGGAAUGAGAGCAGUACAUCCAGAGUUUGUGCAUGCAGCCAGGAGAAGGAAUGUCCAGCUGAGAAGACAUUGAGCAAUAGUCCGGUGAAGUCUGAACGAGAAGUUCUGUUGGUCGGGAUAAUUUCAACGUUUCUCCACGUGCACCCGUUUGGAGCAAGCAUAGAGUACAUCUGUUCCUACCUGCAGCGUCUGGACAGCAAAAUCUGCACCGCGGAAGUGGAAGUUCUCAUGACUCGGCUCCAGAACACGUUCAGGCAGGAGCUGAGCGGCGUCGGGGCCAGCCUAGAGAAAAGGUGGAAGUUUUGUGGCUUUGAUGGAUUGAAAAUGACUUGAGCUUUGAC